ACACGCCAAUAAAUAAAAAAAAAAAAAAAAAAACGUACUCUCCAAGCCUGAAAAACCAAAAAAGAGAUUUUCCAUCAAAAACCAAAUACAAAUACCAAACACAGCUUCAAAGUGUGCACAAUAACAGCCUAAAAAAACAAAAAACCAAAGAAAAGACAACAAAUUAUUAUUAACUAAAAAUAAUAUAACAAAACAAAAACGUAAAAAAGCUAAAACGAAACACGAAAACCAAUUAAGCGAGCAAAAAGUCGAAGCAAAAGGCAAAAAAGCUAAGAAACUGCGCCAAAGUAAAGUCACGGCCAGCAAACACACACACUCGGCGCACACACACACACAACCAGCUGAAAAAGUGAAGUGAAGCAGCGCAGAUUUUCCCAGAAAAUUCUGCGUGUGCAAAAAAAAUUACAAACAAAAAAAAAACAGGCAGCAGCAAAAGUGCAAUUUCUUUUGUUUGGUUUUUUUCAAGUGUAACAACUAGUUAUCUUUUUUUUCUGUGUGAUCUAAAAACUACAAACAAGAACAGCGACUAGGACAACACCAACUGUGAUGGGAGAUCAGCCAAAGGCAACGACAACCACAACUGGAGCGGGAGCAGGUGCAGCCGGAGGAGCAGCAGCAGGAUCUGGCGAGGCCAUAAUGGCCGUUACCAAUCAGGAAAUCCUACCCAAUGGGUCUGGAAAUCCACCGCCGCCGCCGCCGCAGCAGGAGGAUCAAGAUCAGCCCGGCGGCGGACAGGCUAGUGAGCAGGCCGAGCUCGAUGAUGCCGCCACCGAUGCGGGGGCCAGCUCGCUGCCACCCUCGGAGAUUGGCGGACGAGCGCCCUUGGAUACGGCCUGCUCGGAUGCCGAAGGCGGUGGCGCUGCCUCCAGUCUGGCCGGCGGGAUUGUGGGUCCACCCAGCCCCUUAACCGGCUGUUACCUGCUUAUCGUCCUGGGCGAGCCGCAUUCGGAGGAGCACAAGGACAACAUCUUGCAGCAUCUGCUCAAGGGUUUCCUCUCCUGGGACGUUUCCGAUUGUCACGUCGACUUGGAAGAGGAGCUCAAUACAAUUACACAGCAUGCGCCCGAGGGCGAGGAGGCUCGUCACGGCGAACGACUCAUACAGUAUGCCAGCGAGAAUCUGGUCACGGAGGUGCUCAUCCAUCCCCAGUACAAUACGCUGAUCCAGUGCAUGCGCAACCUGCUUAGCAGCUUCACCCGGCACCGGCACAUCAUCCAUGCCGGCUAUACGUUCAGUGGCAAUGGUUCCUGGAUACUUCAGGAUGGAACCUUUUCGGUGGCAGACUUCUCGGAGGCCUUCCAGGAGCACGACGUACAAAGGGUGAUUCGUGCCUAUGCCGACACCAUUACCAUGAAUAUCCAUUGCGCAGAUGCAGGUCUGUGGCACACGCUGCCGGACAAGUCCUUUGCCCGCCAGUGCCGCAUCAGGAUCAAUCCCGUGGAUGUGCUGGAAACCAGUAGCGAGUACAUCAAUGGGUUUAUAGAUUACCUGGCACCCAUGGUGAUGCCGACCUCGCUGAGGGAGCUGCUCGAGACCUCGGAUGUGGUGGGCAACAUACGCUUUACACAUCCCACGCUAUACGUCUUCCCCGGCGGCCAGGGCGAUGCAGCGCUCUUUGGCAUCAAUGGCUUCAAUAUGCUAGUGGAUGGCGGCUUUAAUAGGAAGGCUUGCUUCUGGGAUUUUGCCCGCCAUUUGGAUCGCCUGGAUGCCGUCCUGAUGACACGUCUGAACAAUAGCAAUGUCCAAGGACUUGGAGCUGUGGUGGCUCGCAAGAGGGACUCACAUGUCUAUCCCCAGAUUGGACACUUCUUUGGCAAUGUACCUGAUCGUCGGGGCUGCCUGCCCGACAGUCCCGAUGGCGACAAGGAUCGCGAUCCCCUGCUCAUCGAUCUCUUUGAGCGCGGCCAUGGCAUCGUCAAUGAUUUGAAGGCAUUGGAUUUGAAGCCGCAGGUCUGCUACCGCAACCAGGAGCCGGUCAAUCUUUACCACAAGGUGGGCCACGGCACCCUGGACAUGUAUGUGAUAAGUCCGGCCAGGGACUCCAAGGAGGUUAAGGAGUUUCUCCAGAAGUGGCAUGCCGGCGAUCAGCGGCUCUUUGCCGGUCGCGAUUCUCGAGAUUUUAAUUUUCCCCUCCAGAAUCUCGUCUCGAUUUGUGCUCUCCUCGUGUGGCAGCCGGCCAAUCCGGAGGAUACCAUCACCCGAAUCCUCUUUCCGGGCAGCACGCCCGAUUUUAAGAUCCAGGAGGGUCUCGAGAAGCUCAAGCAUCUGGAGUUUAUGAAGCACUCGACGUGCACGGCCAAGUCCAUAGCCCCGGCCAUGGCCAUACAGACGGUGGCCAGCACCCGCAAGAGCCUCAAGUCGGCCAUUGAGGCCACGCCUGCUCCGCCCAGUGCUACCUUCAAGAGCGCCAAGUUUGGAGGUGGAGUAGGAGGAGGAGCUCCUGCCCAGCAGCAGGAUAACAAGGCCAAGGAGGCGGCAGCAGCAGCAGCAGCGGCGGCUGCAGCAGCGGCGGCGGCGGCAGCAGCUCAAGCUGUGCGCACCAAGGCCGACUCCAUAGACACGGAUGCCGAGCCAGAGGCGGAACAGGAGCCAGAGCCCGAGGCAGAACCCGAGCAGGCCGAGGAUGAGGUUGCUCCGGAGACAGAACCCGAGCAGGACAACAACAAGGAUGCUGGCGAAGGGGAGAAGAAGGUGGAGAAGGAAGUGCAGCCACAGGUUACAGCUUCAGCUCCUCCUGCCAAGGAUGCAGUAGAUGCCGUGGCAGUGCCACCACCAGCCGCCGCCAGUGAUGCCACGCCCACCGCCAAGCCAGUGGGUAAGUCUGUAACCAAGUCAGCCAAAGCAGCAGACAAGCCACGGGCCGAGGUGAAGCCAGUGGUGCGCUCCCGUAUCGAUACCAAGCCGCCCAAGUCCAUGGACCGUAAGCUAACCAAGCCGCGGGAUGACAAGAAGAGCUCACCAACGGCCACGCCAGCGGCCCGGGCAUCCGCCGUGAAGGCAGCCAAGGCACCACUGAGCAGCCGUUCCACAGUUGCCACCACCACCACCAAGUCCAGUCCCAGCAGCACGCCGGCCAAGAGCGCCAAGGAGGCCAAUAAUCGCAAGGUGCUCGAGUCCAAACAGCAGGCGGCCCGGGUUCAAGCCACCAGCAGUACAGCCAGGCGGGUGACCACCGCCAGCAGCUCGGAGAGAAGGGUCCAAACGGAGGCCAAGUCAGCCAUUUCGACCACGGCGACGGCAGCUGCCCAGCAGCAGCGGAAGCCCAUCUCGAGGAGACCGCGCGGCGUCUCACCCUCGAAGCGUGCUCCUGGCCCCGGCAGCCCUGUGAAACAGGCCAAGCCCAACCUGAAGAAAGCGCAACGCCUGGAGAAGGGUGGCACCACCACCACGGACUCUAGUCUGGUGUCCACUCCCUCCGCGGACGAGGCCACGGCGGCCAAGAAACUGCUCCAAGACCUGACAGCCAGCCAGGAGCUGGAUGCCGAGAAGCAGCGCGAGCUGGAUGACCUCAAGGAGGAGCAGGAGGUGGUGCGCGAGAUUGAGGCGGUGUUCAGUCGCGACGAGAUGAAGCGCCACCAGCAUCAGCAGCAGCAGCAGCAGCAUCAACAGAUCAAGGCCGAGCUGCGGGAGAUGCCCGCUGGCGGCGAGGAAGAGCCGGAGGAGGAGGAAGAGGAGUACCUGAUCAUUGAAAAGGAGGAAGUGGAGCAAUAUACCGAGGACUCUAUAGUGGAGCAGGAGAGCAGCAUGACCAAAGAGGAGGAGGAGAUCCAAAAGCAUCAGCGCGACUCGCAGGAAUCGGAGAAGAAGCGCAAGAAGAGCGCCGAGGAGGAGAUCGAGGCGGCCAUAGCCAAGGUGGAGGCUGCCGAGCGAAAGGCGCGUCUAGAGGGCAGCACAGCAGCCGCCGCCAGGCAGGAUGAUGAGGAACACCUAGAGACGAGCGACAUCAAGGCCGAGGUCCAGGAGAUAAUAGCCACAGCCAAGGACUUUGCCAAGGAGCAGCUGGCUGCCAAGCCAGCCGAGGAGACGGAGCUCUCCUCGCCCACGCCCGAGGAGAAGCUGAGCAAAAAGACAUCCGACACCAAGGACGAGCCCGUGGAGGAGCCAGGAGCCGUCGAUGCUCUGCCCGUCAAUCUGCAGGAGAGCCUGCCUGAGGAGAAAUUCUCGGCCACCAUUGAGUCGGGGGCCACCACGGCGCCCACCCUGCCCGAGGAUGAGCGCAUUCCCCUUGACCAGAUCAAGGAGGACCUGGUCAUCGAGGAGAAGUAUGUCAAGGAGGAGACCAAGGAGACGGAGGCCAUUGUGGUGGUGGCCAGCGUUCAGGCUGUGACCGAGGCAGCUGCCGACGCAGUAGCUGCCCUCAAGGGAGCCGACAUCCUGCAGACGGCAGCCACAGGCAAGGAUGUAGGUGCAGCUGUUCCUCAGCUAGGCAAGGCAGAGCUGCCCGAUUCCGGGGAGCGCGUGCUGCCCAUGAAGAUGACCUUCGAGGCGCAGCAGAAUCUCCUGCGAGAUGUGAUCAAAACGCCCGACGAGGUGGCCGAUCUGCCGGUGCACGAGGAGGCUGAUCUGGGCCUGUAUGAGAAGGACAGCCAGGAUGCCGGUGCCAAGAGCAUUUCGCACAAGGAGGAGUCGGCCAAGGAGGAGAAGGAGACCGACGAUGAAAAGGAAACCAAGGAGGCAGAGGGAGAGGCCGAAGCCGAGGCCGAGCCAGAGGAAGAGCAGGAGAAGGCUCACCAGGAAGCGCCCAAAGUAGUUGAAAUCCUGGUUUCACCAUCACCCAAGGAAGUGGCCAAGGAAGAGGUCAUUGAAGCCAAGGCAUCCGAGAAGGAGACCGAAGAGAAGGUAACUGAGACCCAGGAGGAGGAACAGCAGCCGGAAGCAGGAGAGGACCAAGAGAAACCCCAGGCCGAGCCAACGGCAGAUGUCGUCAUCACCGAAAAGGAGGCCAAGAAGUCGGCCAGCACGCCUGAGGAGAAGGAGACCAGCGACAUUACCUCCGAGGAUGAGCUGCCCGCCCAGCUGGCGGCCCCUCUGGCAGCCAUUCCGCCCAAGGAGGCCAAGGAGCGCGAGGAUACCGUCUCCAUGGAGAGUCCAGCCACCAUCGAGGAGGCCAUCGAGGUGGAGGUGCAGGUCCAGGCCAAGCAGAUUCCACUGGAAGCCCAGAAGAAGGAGUCAGAGGGAGAGAAGGAGGACGAAUCCCUACCCGAGUCGUCAAAGACCAAGGAUGAGGCCGUGUCCAAGGAAGCCUCACGUCGCGAAUCCUUGGCAGAAAGCACUAAAUCCGCUGAGAAGCCAGCUUCCCGACCAGAAUCCGUGGCCGAGAGCAUCAAGGAAGGAGCCCAGGCUGAGGCAGAGCACAGCCGGCGGGAAUCUCUAGCGGAGGAGAGCCCUAAGCCAGAGUCCAAGGAGACCUCCCGGCCAGAAUCAGUUGCUGCCGACAAGUCCAAGGAGCCAUCCCGACGGGAAUCCAUUGCCGAAAGCAUCAAGGCCGAGAGCACCAAGGAUGACAAGUCACCGCUGGCCUCCAAGGAAGCCUCGAGACCCAGCUCCGCCGAAGGUCUCAUCGAUGAGGAGGAAACAAAGGAUGAAAAGUCACCAGAAGCUGCAUCGAAAGAGGCUUCCAGGCCACCCUCCGCAGUGGACAAGUCCAAGGAGCCAUCUCGUCGGGAAUCCAUCGCCGAAAGCAUCAAGGCGGAGAGCACCAAGGACGAGAAGUCACCACUGGCCUCCAAGGAUGUGUCCCGGCCGGAGUCAGUGGCCGAGAGCAUCAAGGAUCAGGCCGAGAAGUUGGUGGACAGCCGACGGGAGUCAGCGGCAGUCGAGGAUGUGAAGAUAUCAGCACCGGCCUCCAAGGAAGCCUUGCGACCAGGGUCUGCCGUGGGCAGUGUCAAGGAGGAAGGAGACAAGUCCAAGGAUCAAUCUCGUCGAGAAUCAAUCGCCGAAAGUGUCAAGGCUGAGAGCACAAAGGCGGAGAGCUCCAAGGAACCCUCUCGGCCAGAAUCAGUGGCGGACAAAUCCAAGGAGCCAUCUCCGCUGCCAUCCAGAGAAGUCUCGCGACCAGGAUCGGUUCUAGGAGCCACCAAGGAUGCAGCCGAGAAGCCAGAAAGCCGGCGGGAGUCGGUGGUCGAGAAGGAGUCUCCUCUGGCCUCCAAGGAGGCUUCCCGGCCAGCCUCAGUGGCGGAGAGCGCCAAAGCUGAAUCUCGACGAGAGUCCGUGGCCGAAAGCGUCAAGGAUGCCGCCAAGGAUGUCUCUCGUCCAGCGUCCGUUGCCGAAAAAGCCAAGGAUGUCUCGCGGCCAGAGUCUGUGGCGUCCAAGGAGCCCUCCCGCCCGGCCUCCGUGGCCGAGAGCCUCAAGGCGGAGAGCAGCAAAUCACCCGUGGCGGUGUCCCGGGAUGUGUCCAGGCCGGAAUCACCAGCGGAAAGCGACAAGGACGACACUGACAAGCCAGAGUCCGUGGUGGAGAGUGUCCAGCCAGUCAAGGAGGAAAAGUCGCCGCAUGCCUCGAAGGAGCCAUCCAGGCCAGCCUCCGUGGCGGAAGCUGACAAGUCCAAGGAAGCCUCUCGACGGGAGUCGGUGGCGGAGAGCAUCAAGGCGGAGAGCGCCAAGGACGAGAAGUCACCACUGGCCUCAAAGGACGUGUCCCGGCCCGAGUCAGUGGCCGAGAGCAUCAAGGAUCAGGCGGAGAAGUUAGUGGACAGCCGACGGGAAUCAGCUGCAGUCGAGGAUGUGAAGAUAUCAGCGCCGGCCUCCAAGGAACCCUCCAGACCAGGUUCCGUCGUGGAGAGCAUCAAAGAUGAAGCUGAAACAGCCGAAAGCCGUCGGGAGUCGGUCGCCGAGAGCAUCAAGAUGGGCAGCGCCAAGGACGAGAAGUCGGCCCAGGCCUCCAAGGAAGCAUCCCGACCAGAAUCCGUGGCCGAGUCCGUCAAGGAUGACGCUGACGCUGCCGACAAAUCCAAGGAGCCAUCUCGCCGGGAAUCGGUGGCUGAGAGCGUCAAGCCAGAAGCCUCUCCCCUCGCAUCCAAGGAGGCUUCUCGUCCCGAAUCCGUGGCUGAGAGCGUUAAGGAUUCCGCUGCCCAGUCAAAGGAGGCAUCUCGUCCCGCAUCCGUGGCCGAAAGCGCCAAGGCGGAGAGCUUAAAGGACGAAGCCGACAAGUCCAAGGAGCCUUCCCGGCGAGAAUCAGUGGCCGAAAGUGUGAAGGAGGAGAGUGUGAAGGAUGGCAAGUCCCCGCUGGCCUCCAAGGAAGCAUCCCGGCCAGAAUCCGUAGCGGAAAGUGUCUCCGCCGAAGCUGACAAGUCCAAGGAGGCAUCCCGGCGAGAAUCGGUGGCGGAGAGCGUAAAGGCAGAGAGCACCAAGGACGAGAAGUCUGCAGCUGCUUCCAAGGAGCCUUCCAGGCCAGGAUCCGUGGCUGAGAGCGUCAAGGACGAGGCUGAAAAGGCAGAGAGUCGCCGGGAGUCCGUGGCCGAGAGUGUGAAACCAGACAGCGCCAAGGAGGACGCCAAGUCUCCGCUGGCCUCCAAGGAAGCCUCACGACCAGAGUCCGUGGUCGAGAGCGUCAAGGACGAGGCCGAGAAGUCCAAGGAGCCUUCCCGGCGAGAAUCGGUGGUUGAAAGCCUGAAGGCGGAGAGUACAAAGGACGAGAAGUCUGCACCUGCAUCCAAGGAGGCUUCUCGCCCAGAAUCCGUGGCUGGAAGCGUGAAAGAUGAAGCGGACAAGUCCAAGGAGCCCUCACGACGAGAAUCCCUGGCUGAAAGUGUAAAGGCGGAAAGUACAAAGGACGAGAAGUCCCCAGAGGCCUCCAAGGAGGCUUCCCGCCCGGCAUCCGCUGUGGAAAGCUUUAAGGAUGAGCCCGAGAAGCCCGAAAGUCGUCGUGAAUCGGUCGCCGAAAGCAUCAAGACGGGCAGCGUCAAAGACGAGAAAUCUGCGCCUGCAUCGAAGGAAGCAUCCCGCCCGGAAUCCGUGGCGGAGGCAGCCAAGGAGGACGACAAGUCAAAGGAGCCAUCACGCCGCGAAUCCCUGGCUGAAAAGCCGGCAGCUAUUUCGAAGGAGUCCUCUCCCAGACCUCUGUCCGUGGCCAGUGACCAUGCCGAGGCGGAGCCCAAGGCAUCCCGCCCAGAAUCGGUGGCCGAGACCGCAUCCUCGCCGAUCGAGGAGGCUGCCAUGGAGUUCCCAGCGGAGGAGGUCGUGAAGAGAGCUAGCCUGGCGCUCAACCUACAGGCAGAGCCGCCGGCAGGAAAGCUGCCCACGGACUCGAGUCCCGUUGACGUGGCCGAGGGUGACUUCUCCCAUGUGGCCGUUGCUCCUCUUUCCUCGGCGGCAGUGGCUUUACCCUCACAGCCGGCUGAACUCUCGAAGAUUGGGGCCGCCGCCACAGUCUCAUCGCCCAUCGACGAGGCACCAAAGACUCCCUCCGGCUCGGAGCACGAAUCCCGGCCAGAGUCACCCGAGGAAGCCGCAGAGCCCGAGGGUGCUGAUGUCCAGGAUACAAAGUUUUCGCUGCCUGCUUCCACGGAGGCAUCCAGACCCGAAAGUCCCAAAGGAGACAAGUCCAAGGAAGCCUCUCGCCCGGAAUCAAAGGAACCUUCUCGUCCCGCCUCGGUGGCGGCUGAGACAGCCUCAUCCCCGAUCGAGGAAGCGGCAAAGGACUUCCCACAGCUGACCCUUGAGCUGGAGAAGGGCAACCUCCCGACUCUGUCCAGUCCCGUGGAUGUGGCCCAUGGCGACUUCCCCCAGACGGCCACGCCUACAAGCUCGCCCACUUCAGCCCCUGGGCAACCAGCAGAGCUGUCCAAGGUGGACAUUGAGGCCACUGUUUCCAGUCCCGUGGACGAGGCAGCCAAGUCCCCGAUCGGUUCUCAUGUUUCAUCCCUGGAGCGACCCGAAUCUCCGGCCGAAAGUGCCAAGGAUGAGGCGGAGCCAGCCGGUUCCGUGAUCCACUCCAAGGAGCCCUCGCGCCGCGAAUCAAUCGCCGAAAGUACAAAGGCAGAAAGUGCCAAGGAUGACAAGUCUGCCCAGGCCUCGAAGGAAGCAUCCCGACCAGAAUCCGCGGCCGAGUCCGUCAAGGAUGACGCUGCCGCUGCCGACAAAUCCAAGGAGCCAUCUCGCCGGGAAUCGGUGGCUGAAAGUGUCAAGCCAGACGACAAGUCAAAGGAACCUUCCCGACGCGAAUCCGUGGUAGAAAGCCUCAAGGACGAAGCCGAAAAGUCCAAGGAACCGUCGCGGCCCGUGUCCGUGGCCGAGAGCCUCAAGGCGGAUAGCACAAAGGAUGAGAAGUCACCAGUGGCCUCCAAGGAAGCCUCUCGUCCGGCCUCAGUGGCGGAAAGCCACAAGGAUGAGGGUGACAAGGUGGCCUCCAAGGAAGCCUCCCGCCCGGUAUCAGUGGCGGAGAGCCUUAAGGAUGAAGCUGAAGAGCCGGAGAGUCGACCAGCAUCCGUGGCUGAGAGUGCCAAGGAUGGUCCUGCCUCCAGACCCGAAUCCGUGGCGGAGAGUGUCAAGGAUGACAAGUCCAAGGAGCCAUCCCGUCGCGAGUCCAUCGCAGAAAGCGCCAAGGAGGACAAGUCUGCUGUGGCCUCCAAGGAAGCCUCCCGACCGGGCUCAGUGGUGGAAAGCGUGAAGGAUGAGACUGAGAAGCCGGGAGCAGAGUCUCCUCAAGCCUCGAUGGCACCAUCCCGGCCAGACUCGGUGCUGGCAGCUGUUUCUACAGAAACCAAAGAGGAAUCCCGACGCGAAUCCGUAGCCGAAAGCCUCAAGGCGGAGAGUGUCAAGGAUGACAAGUCACCAAUGGCCUCCAAGGAAGCUUCCCGGCCAGCAUCUGCAGUGGGGAGUCUCAAGGAUGAGGCUGAGCAGGCAGACAAGUCUCCGCUGGCCUCGAAGGAGGCCUCGAGACCCGCGUCAGUGGUGGAGAGCAUCAAGGACGAAAGCCGUCGUGAGUCGGUGGCCGCAACAGAGAUUGUCAAGCCAGAAAGUACAAAGGACGAAGGGUCUGCUCCUGCCUCCAAGGAGGCCUCCCGGCCGGCAUCCGUGGCAGAGGACAAGCCCAAGGAGCCAUCUCGACCAGAGUCAGUGGCAGAGAGCACCAAGGCGGAGAGUACAAAGGACGACAAGUCGCCGCUAGCGACUUCCAAGGAGCCUUCCCGGCCAGCAUCCGUGAUCGAGAGCCACAAGGACGAAGACGAGAAGCCCGAAAGCCGGCGAGAGUCAGUGGCUGAGAGCCUGAAGCAGGGAAGCCUCAAGGACGACAAGUCCCCGCUGGCCUCCAAGGAAGCUUCCCGGCCAGCAUCUGUUGCAGAAAGCGUCAAGGAUGACGCGGAGCAGUCCAAGGAGCCGUCGCGUCGCGAAUCUGUGGCUGAGAGUGUCAAGGCGGAGGAGAUCUCUAAAGAAGCCUCUUCACUGGCUGCCUCCAAAGAAGCCUCGCGUCCUGGAUCCGUUGCAGGAAGCAUCAAGGACGAGGACGAAAAGGCUGCCAGUCAUCGGGGAUCCGUGGCUGAGAGCCUUAAAUCAGAAGGCACAAAGGAAGACAAGUCUCCGCUGGCCUCCAAGGAAGCAUCUCGUCCGGCCUCUGUAGCCGAAAGCAUCAAGGAUGAUGCUGACAAGUCCAAGGAGCCAUCGCGGCGGGAAUCAAUUGCUGAAAGUGUGAAGGCAGAGAGCAUCAAGGCGGAGAGCACCAAAGAUGAGAAAUCAGCCCCUGCAUCGAAGGAACCCUCCAGACCAGGUUCCCUCGUGGAGAGCAUCAAAGAUGAGGCUGAAACAGCAGAAAGCCGUCGGGAAUCGGUCGCCGAGAGCAUCAAGACGGGCAGCGCCAAGGACGAGAAGUCGGCCCAGGCCUCCAAGGAAGCAUCCCGACCAGAAUCCGUGGCCGAGUCCGUCAAGGAUGACGCUGCCGCUGCCGACAAAUCCAAGGAGCCAUCUCGCCGGGAAUCGGUGGCUGAGAGCGUCAAGCCAGAAGCCUCUCCACUCGCAUCCAAGGAGGCUUCUCGUCCCGAAUCCGUGGCUGAGAGCGUUAAAGAUUCCGCUGCUCAGUCAAAGGAGGCAUCUCGUCCCGCAUCCGUGGCCGAAAGCACCAAGGCGGAGAGCACAAAGGACGAAGCCGACAAGUCCAAGGAGCCUUCCCGGCGAGAAUCAGUGGCCGAAAGUGUGAAGGAGGAGAGUGUGAAGGAUGGCAAGUCCCCGCUGGCCUCCAAGGAAGCAUCCCGGCCAGAAUCCGUAGCGGAAAGUGACUCCGCCGAAGCUGACAAGUCCAAGGAGGCAUCCCGGCGAGAAUCGGUGGCGGAGAGCGUAAAGGCAGAGAGCACCAAGGACGAAAAGUCUGCAGCUGCUUCCAAGGAAGCCUCCAGGCCAGGAUCCGUGGCUGAGAGCGUCAAGGACGAGGCUGAAAAGGCAGAGAGUCGCCGGGAGUCCGUGGCCGAGAGUGUGAAACCAGACAGCGCCAAGGAGGACGCCAAGUCUCCGCUGCCUCCAAGGGAAGCCUCACGACCAGAGUCUGUGGUCGAGAGCGUCAAGGACGAGGCCGAGAAGUCCAAGGAGCCUUCCCGGCGAGAAUCGGUGGUUGAAAGCCUGAAGGCGGAGAGUACAAAGGACGAGAAGUCUGCACCUGCAUCCAAGGAGGCUUCUCGGCCAGAAUCCGUGGCUGGAAGCGUGAAAGAUGAUGCGGACAAGUCCAAGGAGCUCUCCCGACGAGAAUCCCUUGCUGAAAGUGUAAAGGCGGAAAGUACAAAGGACGAGAAGUCCCCAGAGGCCUCCAAGGAGGCUUCCCGUCCAGUGUCCGUGGCGGAGGAGGCAUCCCGACGCGAGUCCGUGGCUGAGAGCACCAAGGCGGACGCCAAGUCGCCCAUUCCUUCGCGUCCCGAAUCCGUGGCGGAGAAGCUGUCGCCAGCUGUGGCCUCCAAGGAAUCAUCCCGACCCGGCUCGGUGGCCGAGACCGCUUCCUCGCCCAUCGAAGAAGGCCCACGCUCUAUUGCCGAUCUGAGCCUGCCUCUGAGCCAGAUAACCACCGAGGCCAAGGGCAAGCUCCCAACCAUCUCGAGUCCCGUCGACGUGGCCGAGGGUGACUUCUCCAAGGCACAGAUUGAGUCAUCCGCCUCCCAGUCUGCACAGUCUUCGCCGGCCAAGCCCGCUGAGCAGGCCCAAUCCGCUGCAGCGCACACAGCUUCCAGUCCCGUGGACGAGGCCUCACCUCUUCUGGAAGCCAGCGAAAAGGCUGAGGAAGUGGCCGACCUGCUGGGUCUCGAGGAGACCAAAGAGGAGAUCAUGCAGGAGACUAAGGAGGAGACCAAGGAGGAGACCAAAGAGGAGACCAAAGAGGAGACCAAGGAGGAAUCUAAACAGGAGUCCAAGCAGGAGUCUAAGCAGGAGUCCAAGCAGGAGUCAUCUCUCUUCGAGACCAUAUCCACCAAGAUGGAGGAGAAAGUGGACAAGCUGGAGAGCUCCGUGAAGCAGGUGGAGGAGAAGGUGGAGAGCUCCGUGAAAAAGGUGGAGAGCACCGUGGCCGAGACCCUGGAGCAGGUAAGCAAGGAGAGCACCCAACAGCUCACAGAGCUCCAGUCCGCGCUGGACACCAAGAUCAGCAGCGUGACCAGCCUGCUCACCACCGCAGUGGACUCCGCCGAAAAGAAGGUGCAGGAGGUGACCGAGAAGAUAACCGGAAAGACCGAGAAAACGGAGACCACCACAGAGCAGGUAACCAAACUGAGCGAGAGCUCUUCCUCUUCCGCCACCACGGAGACCAAUCUAGAGCUGGGCACCUUCUCCGAGCUGCGCGAGACUCACAUCACCACCGUGGGCUCUCCAGAGUUCACCGUUACGAUUUGCGAGCGUGAUGAGCCCGUGCUCCAUGACAUCAAGGAGGAGGACGAUGAGGAGCAUCGCUUUUCGCCACCCAGCGAUAAGCCUGGUUCUAUGAUUCCCUCCCAGCCCAUUCGUCCGCUAUCGCCGCGCGAGGAGGAGGUGGCCAAGAUUGUGGCCGAUGUGGCCAAGGUUUUGAAAUCCGACAAGGACAUCACCGACAUUAUACCCGACUUUGAUGAGCGCCAGCUGGAGGAGAAGCUGAAGACCAGCGAGGCCGAGGAUCACCUGGAGAUGGGCUUGAUGAAGGUGGAGAUUGAGUCGGAGAAGUCCUCGCCAGACCAAAAAUCUGGCCCCAUUUCCAUUGAGGAAAAGGACAAAAUUGAGCAGUCGGAGAAGGCACAAUUGCAGCAGGAACUGGGUUUGGGCACCACUUCCAUCUCCCAGCAAGAGGAGGAGGAGGAGGAGGAGGAGCAGGAGAAGCAGGAGACCCGCCAGUCCGAAAAGAGUGAGAAAUUGGAGAAGGAAGAGAAGCUGGAGACCAAGACAACCCAGUCUGCCGCCGAGGAGACUAUAGAUGCUCUCGAAUCGCUGCUCCGCUCAACCUCUUCCACCACCACCACCACCACAGAGACCACGGAGACCUCAGAGUCCAAAAAGCUAGAGGAAAAAUCCAAAUCCAGUGUGGAGUCUGUGUCCAGUACGGUGACCAAGUCAUCGGUGCUUCAGCUGCGCAGCGAGGAGUCCACCACCAGUGACUCGCUGAGCAGCAGCCUCAAGGUGGAGGACAGCUCUCGCCGGGAAUCCCUAUCCAGCCUGCUGACCGAGAAGGUAGGCCUCAAGGAGGACACCACCACCACGACUAGCACAUCCAUGUCCCAGCUGGAGGAGCUGCUGGUGCAGUCCGAGGAGUGCUCCUCCGAGUCCAUUGUCAGCGAGAUUCAGACGACCAGCACGGCAGCUGCCCAGAAGACAGCCAAGGAGGCCAAGGAGACCACCGCCACCACCACUAGCAGCAGCAGCUCCAUUCGUGAUGAAAACCUCAAGGAGACCGUGGCCGAGUUCCUGGCCACCGAGAAGAUAGUCUCCGCCAAGGAGACCUUCAGCGCCGAGGCCACCAAGACGGCCGAGGAGUGCCUGAAGAAGGCCAGCGCCAGCAGUGCUACUACCUCCCAGCGGGCUCUCUUCGUGGGCACAGAUGAGUCUCGUCGCGAGUCCCUGCUGAGCCAUGCCAGCGAGGGUCGCCUCACCCACAGCGAUCCCGAGGAUGAGGAGCCCGCCGACGACGACAACAACGAUGAGGAGGAUGAUGAGCGGGCCAGUGUCAAGGAGAGCCGGUCCAAGUCCAUAGCCACCAUCAUGAUGACCAGCAUCUACAAGCCGGCGGGAGAGGAGAUUGAGGAGGAUAUCCAGGAGGAGCACGAGCAGGAGGAGAAGAUAACCCAGAAGACCCAGCUGCAGUCCAGCGAACAGAUCAUCAGCAGCAGCUCCAAGAAGGAGGAGUCCGCCACCUCCUCCUCCACCACCACCACCACCACCUCUUCCAAGGUGGAGUCCAUCACACUCACCCAGAUGAUGGAGCAGCAAUCUGGCCAGGAUCAGGCCGAGGCUGCUGACCGCAAGACGCCGCCCACGGCUCCUGUGAGUCCCAGCGUCAAGCCCCUGUCUACCACGGCAGCGGGAGCAGGAGCAGGAGCAUCACCAGCUUCAGCUGGAGCUGGAGUCAAGUGCGAGUCGAGUGCCGCCAGCAUUGUCUCCUCCUCGUGUCCCUCGGGUCCCCUGUCGCCGAAGGACAUUAGCGGCAAAUCCAGUCCCGGUGCCCUCACCUCGGAGAGUCAGUCUAUACCCACGCCUCUGGGCCGGGAAUCGCACACCGAGACUCCAGAGUCCUCGCCCAAGCCCACAUCACCCUUUCCGCGUGUCACCAAGGAUGAGCUCAAAUCCCUAGAGCUGCAGCAGCAGCAGGAGCAGAUCCUGACAGGAGCCAGUGGAGCCGAAAUCGAAGUCGAUCUGCCCGAGCUUCAUGAGCUGCGUGGCAUCGAGAGCACCACCGCUCUGAGCGGCAGCACGGAGAAGAUCAUCACCACGACCAUCACCACGGUGACCAAGGUGAUAUCCGCCGACGGCAAGGAGAUUGUAACCGAGCAAAAGACGGUCACCACCACGGACAGCUCGGAGCCGGACAGCGAGAAGGUGACCAUGGUGACCACCACGCGCACCACCAGCGAGAGCGAACGUGACCAGCAGCAGCAGCUGCUACCCAAGGAGGUGACCCUUUUGCGCGGCAGCCUCUAUCGCUCCAGCACUCCGGGCAGCGAGGAUGACGACGAUCUCCUCCUGCCUGGAUCCCCGCGCAGCGCCACCAGCUACGAGCUCCAGCACUCGAGCUCCGGGGUAAGCAAGCGCUCCGAUCUGGAUGCCGAGGAUGGUGACGAGAGCCAGGAUGACAUUCCGCCGCAGUAUGGCAGCGAGGAGCACUCGACGGCGCGUUCCAUCAUGAUGCUGCCACGCACGGCCGAUCCCAUGGCCACCUCCUUCUACGGUGCCCUGCCCCAGGACGAUGGUUUUGUUGCUGCUGCUGCACCUCCACCACUGGCCACCACAGAACCCAUUCCAGUGCCCAUACAGGGAGGAACCGACAGCCAGUCAUCGGAGAGCCUGGAGAGCAGCAGCCAACAGACCUGGGCCGGACACAAGUUCCUCGACCAGGCGGACAAGGACUUCCAGCGGGCCCUCGAGGAGCAUGUGCAGGCGCGCGGGGCCGAGGUCAUGUCUUCCGUCACCGCCAAAUACUCGUAUUCGCCCUCCAAGGCCGACGAAGUGGAGCAGCAGAUGGUCAGUGGCUCCUCAGAGCGUCAGCGUUUCCCCCUGAGUGAUGUCCAGCGAAUGCGUGUGGCCGAGACGGGUUUCGGCACUGUGGGACAGCAGGAGGAGAAGCAGGAGAAGCCACAGGAAACUCCAGUCACAACCGCAACCACAACGAGUUCCACAUCCUCCACCUCCUCCUCCACGGGAGCCCUGCCCAAGGACCGUUUGGAGGAGUGGGGCAAACCUUUGGGUCUGCCCUCGCCCGCCCCCCUGCCCGUGGAGGGCGGUUCAUCCGAUAUACGGACCACGCCCAAGAAGGAGCGCCGAAUGGUGGCCACCAAGACGCGUCUGAACAACGAGAAGAAUCUCCGCAAGCGCAGCGAGUCGCCGAACAAGGCGAAUGUUAAGAAGCCGGCGCCCGUCUACGUGGAUCUCACCUAUGUCCCGCACAAUGGCAACUCCUACUAUGCCCAUGUGGACUUCUUCAAGCGGGUGCGUGCCCGCUACUAUGUCUUCUCCGGCACGGAGCCCAGUCGCCAGGUAUAUGAUGCAUUGCUCGAGGCCAAGCAGACAUGGGAGGACAAAGAGUUGGAGGUCACCAUUAUACCCACAUACGACACGGAUGUCUUGGGUUAUUGGGUGGCCGAAAACGAGGAGCUGCUAGCCAAGCACCGCAUCGACCUCUCGCCCUCCGCCUCGCGUUGCACCAUCAAUCUGCAGGAUCAUGAGACCUCCUGUUCAGCCUAUCGCCUGGAGUUCUAGGCCACGACACCGGGCCUCUUUAUAGCCUUCGACGAUGCCUGAGGAGGAGGUGAGAGCCAACCGAAAACCGAGAAACCAACACCAUGCACCCAACCACGACUAGGAGGAGUAGAGGAGUUAGCCGAGUGAGGAGGAGGAGAGCUCUGCCAGAGACUUGGAGUCCUUGUGGAGCUUUUAAAGUUCAAAGGGGACUCUGAGAGCUCUGGCAGGCAGCAACAGCAAUGGAAGGAGGCAGGAGCAGUAGCAAGGAGCAGCAUGACAGAGCGGCGAAGGAUAUAAGCAGAUGGACGCAAAGCUGAUAUAUGGCGGAGUCACCGGGGUCACGCAAUUGACGCCACUUUGUUAGCCAUUAAACGCCGUCAAUAUAUGGAGCUUACGCCGCGCUUAAUACCAAAAAAAAAGCUAAGUAAUUAAUUCAUUAUUUAUUUUUAAGAAAUUAAUUACAAAAAGAACAACAAAAACAAAAGAGAGAAAAGAAAACAAAAGCACCUUACCGCCAGUCAAGCGCUACCUUUGUCUAUUAAACCAAAGAUCAAAAAUAGCAAAAAUAUACAAAGCAAAAAGCGAAAACCAAAGAAAAGACACAAAGAGAACAAAGAAG